UCUCUUUAAGCAUUGUAUACCAACUGAAAUAAUUUUGCAUGUGAUUAUGUGAAUAAUUCCCUUCUCAAAAUACUGCUACUCUACUAAGCACAUAUCUGCUGCACAGUAGUAUUGUUGGAAAUUGGAAUGGUCUGACGGUUUUAAUAAUGAAUCUGUCUGUUGAUUCCCUUGUUAAAUUCAGCUGGUAAAAGCUGUCAGUUAUCCUCCGUACCAAAUGCCUAGUUUACUGGAACUUUUUAAGCAGUGUCUUGGAAGAAGACCGCCUCCAGUCCCUCGGCCGCGGCCACAACCCCGUGGAUAUCCUCCGCCGCCGCAUACGACCGACUUCAGUGUGAAUUCGGAUAACUCGUUUGCUGUGGCACUGUUUAAGAAGCUGGUGGAAACCUCUUACAGUCCCCAUCGGAACAUCGCCGUUAGUCCGCAGGCUGCUCAAGUCGUCUUUGCUAUCCUGUUGCCCGGAACUAACGGGGAGGUCUAUUCGGCAUUAGCGAAUCUUUUGUGCCUAAACGGACGAUCCUUUGCGGAUUUAAUUGAAUCCUUCGACGAAGUUAACGCCAACGGCGCAUUGAACAGUGUUAGCACUGUGUUUUACGAUGAUAAUUGCCGUUUAGUCUCGGAAUAUCGGGACAUAGUGGAGAAGUCCACCUUGAAUCACACAAGGGAGACACUAAUCUAUCUAGAUAGCAAUGAAGACUACAGAUAUUCCGCUGCGCAGCCGCAUUACACGCAGUACAAGUCCCUUCAGUCGAAGUUCAUUCCAGCGCCUUUUCGCGAUGCUUUCGAGAAAGCAGUCGACACCCUCGAAGAGUCUGGUUUUGGGCGAUCGGGGAGCAAGUUUCACCAUUGGCUGGACGAACGCCGACCGGAUGCCACGCUGGUCCUGCUGAACCGGGUGGAAUUUUCCGGUCAAUGGGAGGAGCCGUUUCACCCCGAAAACAGUGAAAGUGGCACGUUCUGCUGCGCCGAUGGUUCUGAGAAAACGGUGGUCUUCAUGACGCAGACGUUCAGCCCCAGUCGCUGCUACAACGUCACGCCGUACUACAACCGUCCCGUGCACGACGAAGACCCGCAGCUGCUCAUUCUGGACGUCGUGGGAAGGCAUUUCACUGUGAUGAUUGUGUUGCCGGGGGAAAGCAAUGGCGGAAUAGUGGCGUUGGAGAAGACGCUGACGAUUGAGAACCUGCUAGACUGGCGACAGAAGAGCCGGUCGUGUACCGUCAGUCUUUAUAUUGUUCUUCCCCGAUUUCGCAUUCGUUACGGUGCCGAUUUGAAAAUAUGCACGCAGUCGAUGAGAUUACAAGAACUGUAUGCAGCGUCCAGCAAUGGUUUUUCGCGGAUGCUCAGCAGCGACGGACCGGUGAAAGUUGACGAAUUUAAACAGGAAGUGACCAUAGAACUGGAUGAAUACGGAAUUAAAUCGGCACCGUGCACCGGUUACCAGGCCGAAUUAACAAUGAUCAGUUCUCCAAAUUUCGUAGCUAAUCGUCCAUUUCUUGCCGUCAUCUGGAACGAAUUAGCCAAUGUACCGGUCUGCAUGGGACGAAUUGCCGAUCCAAGUGCAUAACAUCAAUCAGCAAGCCUCAGUCCUCGCAAGGUGAAGCAUUCUGAAGUGCUUGCGAAACUAGGAACACGCUUCAAGGACAACCGUGCUUCUUCACAUUGGGAAAUAAUGCUGGAGGAAUUUCUGUCGCCACUGAGGAAUGGCACGACACGUACUCGGAACACAGUUUAUCGGAGAUGGAAUGUCUGCGAAAUUUUUUACGCUCCGUCCGGUGCUUACCGCCGCGGUUGAUUAGUGGACCGUUUUUUUUUUAGACCGCGGGUUAAUAGCCGCAUUAAGGGAUUUGGCCCGGUACAUAACACCAAAUUCGUGUGCAUAAACGGGAAUAUUCGCUGUCGCGCACUUCCGAACACUUUUUUGGGUCGCUUUUUGACAUUGUGUAGCCAAACGAUUUGUAUACUCGUACAUAGGCGUGAAAUCCAUUUUUGCGCGCAAC